CUCUGCUAUCGACUCUCUCGUCAAAAAUCAUUGUCCGAAAUCAAAUUUCAAGCUCUCUUCUAUAAUCUUAAGUGCUCUUCAUUUGUGAUUCUCUUUUAUUUUGUUAAUCUUAAUCACAAAGUAUUAUCAAUAUCGAGAAUGUGUGGUGGUGCAAUCCUCGCCGGAUUCAUCCCUCGCAGCAAGGGCAGCAGCCAACUCUCCGCUGCCGACCUAUGGCCCACAUCCGCCGACUUCUGGCCAAUUUCUCAUUUUGCCAAACCCAACAAUUCCAGCUCCUCCAGCCAAAAUGGCUCUAAGCCUCUCAAAAGAUCCCAAUCUUGUACAGGUGAUAAGCAAGCGGAAAUCGGUGGAAAUGCAAAGCGGCAGCGGAAGAACCUGUACAGGGGAAUACGGCAGAGGCCAUGGGGCAAAUGGGCAGCCGAGAUCCGGGACCCGAGAAAAGGUGUUCGGGUUUGGCUUGGUACAUUCAACACAGCUGAAGAAGCAGCCCGGGCGUACGAUAGAGAAGCCCGCAUAAUCAGAGGGAAAAAAGCUAAAGUCAAUUUUCCAAACGAAGACGAUGCGUACAAUCCAUACAAUCACAAUCACAAUCACAAUCACAAUCUGACAUAUAAUAAUAAUCACGGUUCGUUUAAAACGUACCCGCUCGAGGAAGUAUCCGGGUCAGCGUCCGGUUGGGGUUUGGAAAAUGCAUGUUGUUUUGAUCAGGAAAGAGAGGGUUUGUUUAAAGUGGAGGAGGCGGUGAGUGAGAAUGGUAUUGUUGACAUAGGAACGACAGUUCUGGAUGCGGCGGCGGUGGCUGCGGAGGAAGCGGCGAAGGAUAAUGAAGUGCAAAAGCUGUCGGAAGAGUUAAUGGCUUACGAGAACUACAUGAAGUUCUAUCAGAUUCCGUAUCUCGAUGGUCAGUCCGUGGCGGCGGCAGCGGGGUCAAAUCCAGCGCAGGAAACAGUACUUGGAGGCGGUGCAUUGGAUCUCUGGAGCUUUGAUGAUGUCACACCGGCGGUGACCUAAGCGGUCUCUAAUUUGGCGGAUUUCUUUGGGUUCUUUCAAAUCAAUGGCACAAUUUGUAAAUUAAGUAGUCAUUCGGUACCUUAAUUGUCUUUUCAUAUCCACAUUUUAUUAACUAUUUGUAAUUUCCAUUCAAAAGCAAUAAAUAUAUUUUUUGUGUGUUUUUUUUUA